AUGCCCUGGUGUUGGUGUGCCCUGGUGUGCCAUGCCCUGAUGUGCCAUGCCCUGGUGUUGGUGUGCCAUGCCAUGCUGUGCCAUGCUGUGCCAGGCUGUAUUUACGCCCUCAACCGGGUGAUGACAGAGCUGGAGCAGCAGCAGUUUGACUCCUUCUGCAAGCAGAUGCAGGGCUCGGGAGAGUGA